CUUAAAUAAAGUGAUCCAGGAGGGACUCUUCCAUUCACACCAUUUUCCCUUAAUCUCUCUCUGUCUCUCUGUAAUUAUAUCUCUCAUGAAAAUGGAGUUCUCCAUGAGGUUUCUUGCAGUGAUGUCCCUCUUGCUGUUGGUUUCCAUGUCCACUGAGAUGGGAGGUCCUCCAAUGGCGGAUGCUCAGACUCCGUGUGUGAUAGACGUUUGUCAAAGAGCUUGCUAUCUUCUGACUUACAAUCAAGGAUGCUGUGGAGUGCUACCAAAUACCACCUAUUGUUUUUGCACCAAUGAAAAGAAUUGCGAACUGACCACAGUGGAUGUAAAAGUUGGCGACAAGACUAUGACAGUCGUGGUAUCAGGCAAAAAGGCUUACAUAAAGGAGCCAGUUGAUUGAUUCUGAAUGGAUAUAUAUUUAAAAUAAAUAAUCUGUUUAGAGACUGUAUGUCUUCAGAAAUAAAUUGUAGAUCUCGUCAUGGAGACUACAUUGUGCAAGUCAAAACAUGUUUGGCAUAUUCUCCUUUUUUAUGUGUUAAUCUAUUUAGAUUGAAUGUAUUGGAAAAUAAUAAAUGUUGUUUUUCGAUUCUAUCUA